UAGAGAAGGAAGAGAAAAAUAGAGGAACCUGUUCUAUAAUAAAGAGGAACAGCAGAGGAAUGCAGUAUGAAGAAAGGGGCGUGAGUGUGUAUGUGAAUAAUACAGGGAGGAAUUGAGGGAGAUAAUGUAUAGGUGUGCGUGUAUGUGUGUUUUUCUGUGCGUGUGAGAUAGAGAAGUGUGUAAGGGGCAGGCUUGAGCUUGAAGGGUUGGUCCUGUUCUACCAUAUCUAUAAGAGGAGAAUGCUGGCCUUGAAAUAAGCAUUCUUCUCUGCGGAACAUACAAGUUGUUACACACAGUCAAAGGAAGGCAUCUGAAAUUGCUUGAAGAUGGGCAGGCAGAAGGUCAUGCUGGAUAAGAUUGCACAGACUUUACAGAUCCGCAACAAGCUACUGCGGCAGGGAUUGGCUGAAUGCUUAGGAACUCUCAUCCUGGUGAUGUUUGGCUGUGGUGCAGUGGCCCAAGUUGUACUAAGUGAAGGAUCUCAUGGUCUCUUUCUCACCGUAAACCUUGCUUUUGGGUUUGCAGCUACCCUUGGAAUCUUGGUUUGUGGCCAGGUGUCAGGGGGCCAUUUAAAUCCUGCAGUUACAUUUGCUCUCUGCCUCUUGGGAAGAGAAAAAUGGAGAAAGUUCCCUGUGUACUUUUUCUUCCAGACACUAGGAUCCUUCUUGGGUGCAGCAAUUAUCUUUGCUGAAUACCAUGAUGCAAUGUAUGAUUUUGCUGGAGACACAAAUGAGUUGCUUGUAGAAGGAGAAAAAGCCACUGCUGGGAUUUUUGCUACUUACCCAAGCAAGCAUCUCACUAUCUUAAAUGGAUUUUUUGACCAGGUGAUAGGCACAACGUCUUUGAUUGUCUGCAUCCUGGCCAUUGUGGACCCGUAUAACAACCCGAUCCCCCAAGGUCUUGAGGCAUUCACUGUGGGGUUCAGUGUGCUGGUCAUUGGCCUCUCCAUGGGUUUCAAUUCUGGUUAUGCAGUCAACCCAGCAAGAGAUUUUGGACCUCGCCUUUUCACCGCCAUUGCAGGCUGGGGCGGGGAAGUCUUUACUGCCAGGGAAUGUUGGUUUUUGGUCCCCAUCUUUGCCCCCUUCCUGGGAUCCAUAAUUGGUGUGAUUUUGUACCAGCUGAUGGUAGGUUGGCAUGUGGAGGGAGAAGCACGCGACAAGAGGAACAAAGCUAUGGAAGAGUCUAUCAAGCUCAAUGACGUCACUAGCAAGGAUGGAUCUGCAUGAUCUCCAUCAACCCUCCCCACCACAAACCUACAGAAGCAAUCUGUUUAUGAGUCUCUGGGUUAAUUACUGUAGAUAUCAUAUCGCAGAAGACUUCCCUCCAUUUCAAAAGGGGAUUCUGAUAGUUAUGCAGCCAAUCAAAAGGACUUAAGCUGCACAUCUUUAGAUUUCAAACCUUUCUCAAUUGUUCUAUCAGACAUAUUUGUUUGUUUUAGCAUUUUUCUUGGUUGUUUCUUCAUACAUCCUCCAGAUUCCUCCAUUAAAGGAAAAAAGGUCUUUCUUCAGCAACACGAAUUAUAUUAAUUCACUUUUUUGAGAAGUUACAAAGAUUUAGUGUAGUAUAUAAACAUAUUUACAGUAUUUGUGCUCUUUUUUAUAUGAAAGUAAUUGGAUUUUUAUGUUAAGGAAGGUUAGAAUUUCUACAAAAAAAAAAGAAAAUACAAAAUAGAAUAUUUUUUUUCUGUAAAUACUUUGUACGUCAUCUUUUUUUUAAAUCUGAUUUUCUCUCAAAGUUAACAUGCAUGCAUUUCAAGCAACAAGUUACCAUAGAUAGUGGUAACUUCAUGACUUUUCCUGAUGAUUUUAUGUCUUCCACUCAUAUAUCUGCUUCAUAACCAUUUUAAUUUUGUACCUGUGAUCUGAAUGUUUUGAAGAAAUAGAUUUAUAUUCUAAUAAAGUUUUUCUAAGAAUUGUCA